UGUUGCGACUGUUCAAGCUUGGAAGUCCCGUGCUAUGCGCCACUGCGGAGGAAGACGAAGAAGAAGAAGUUUAGGGUUAAUCGAAUACAAUGAAGUAUGUUUUUCGAUUCCUCGCACCUUCGUAGGUUCAUUCUGGUAAAGUUUAGCGCAGCAGGCCUCUGUAUGUGUGUGUUACGCUUCGGGGAACCACUGACUUCUGCCUAACAGAACCAUAUGUCUUUCUGAGCUUGCAUCGCACCGGCGAUAUUUACACUGCGACGUCGGUGCUGUUUGAGCCACGAACGACAUGAAUUCAUCAGCAGUCUCACAUAACCAGGCGGACACAGCAUCCUACUGGGUCUGCGCAGCAUGGCUUCCCACGAACCACAUCCUCUUCCAGUUGGCCAACGUCUUCUUAUUGCUGUCCUACUUAGCCCCGGGUGGCCAUUAUGGAUUGCUCUACUUACGGGUUUGUUUGACCAUGGGCAGUUUCCUCUUUGCCUUGUGGGGAUACGUCAUCCUGUGCGCUUUCGACACUAUGCUGUGGAACGCGAUUUUUACGUUCGUCAACCUCGGGCUUACCAUGUUGAUUGUGAAAGGUUUCCUGCCAAUGAAGUACACCCCAGACAUGGACAAAGUGUACACAAAACUAUUUCAACCUCAGAACGUGUCGCGAGAUCAGUUUCUGGCUGUCCUGCGCUGCGACAGGCAAAUUUUGGAACUGAAACCCAAGGAGCACUACACCGUGGAAACAAAGACUGGGUCUGACCGCCUCACCUUGGUUCUUAGUGGCAGCCUCGAACUCUCCCAGCACAGGCGAAACCUCCAUGUGGUCAGCCAGCUCGAGUUCUUGGAUUCCCUCGAGUGGUUCGAGGUCUGCAGCCCCCAACAAUAUCACGUAACUAUGACAGCGCUGGAAGCCUGCCGUCUCCUUCUGUGGUCAAGAAGUAAACUGAAAGCGGUCAUCAGCUCGGACCCUUGUCUGCGGGCAGCCUUUGAGAAUAUCACAGGAAAGGACGUGGUAAAGAAGCUAUUCGCUUUUAGAGCAAGCAGCUGGAGCUCUCCAAAGCUUCUUGACUCAGGGACUGACACUUCAAGGCUGCAAUCUGCGUCGAAAGACAUGAACACGGCUAUGCCUGUGUAACGGCCGCAAGGGUACAGCUUUCAACAUGCGCCCCCAAGACAAUCAGCGUGUGCCGUCAUAUAUAUUCCCAUGCUGAAGUGAACGUCAUCCCCGGUAAAACUUCUGUAUUCCACAGACAAUCAAGUGAAAGUAUACCGCACGAUAAUAAAGUGUGCGUCAGUUACU